AUGGGACAAGAACAACGAGCCAUCCACCCAUUCUUCCGCAAAGAAUCUGGAAUUUCGACAAAGUCAUCCCCCAUAAUUCAAAUCGAUAAUUCACCUAAUGGUCAAUCUCGAGAACCUGAUGACGCUUAUUUGACAUGCGAAAAUUCGCUUACAGACACUCCUUCCGUUAUGCUAGAGCAUGAUCCCAACUCGAGUCGCAGAAAAAGGCAGAGAACAAAGGAACCGAGGGAUAACGAGACAUCGCAAGGGCCGCAAGUCAAUGAUGGAGAUAUUUCAAGAACCCCUUCACCCCACGGGGUGAAGGAUGCGCCAGUUGAUGCUUCGACAAUGUCCACACACGCACCUGAAGCCGGUAUUGAAUCUCAAACACCUUCAACAAAUACAUUGGCAUCACAUCCAGUUACCCCUGCGCUUCCCCCGCCCGAUUACCCAGAACUCCCAAGCGAUACCACUCAGUCAAUUGGUCUUCCAGAGAGAAGAUCCGCCAGACAAAAGACAAUUGGACUGAAUUCUAAUGGGAAGUUGUUGAGCUCACCAGCUACCAAUCGAUCCGAAGACAAACUUGACGAAAAGCCGGGAAGUAAGCGGAAUAGGAACGGGAGCCGGAAAACCAAGAAAAAUGAAAAGAAAAUGGUGGUCAUCAAAUACGCCACUGAGAACGAUGCUAGAGAACGGAUUGGGUCUGUGAUAGAGGACAUUGUCAACGGCCGAAAGAAAUAUGUUCCCCCUACGCGCCCUGCUCAACGUCCUGCUCCAAAGAGAGUGCAGUCCCAACCGUCCAAGGCCACUCAUCCAUUUUUCAUGAAGAAGUCGAAUCGGCCGGCCGAAACACCAUCCUCGACUGAACAAGUUUCCCAUGACUCAGAAUCGAAAGAUACACAAAAUACAGCCCCGGGAAAGACGAACCCCAAACCUACGAGCGAUUUUGCAAAGUCUUUCUAUUCAUUCAAACCGCGCCCCAAAUUCCCGGAACCAAUACAUCCAAUUUGGCCUCCGCAAGACUUAGUACAUGUCAGAGGUUCUCAAGAAAGUCCUAUUCAGCGGCAGCUGGGUCCAUUGAAUCUGGACCAGAAAAAGGCCAAGAUGGCUGCAGUUAGCAUCAAUGACAAAGAAAAUGUGCUCCUUUCAGAUAUGCAUAGAGCGCGACAUUCUGAAUCUCAAAGUCCAAACGCUUUACGGGUACCCAAAAGACACAACGCGAGUGGGAAAACUUUGCUCAAGAAAGUUAUGAGGCAGCUCGCAGGGUCUGAUGCUGAACACGAUGCAGACAGAAAGGUCCCAAACAAAUCCUGUCACCCUGCUGUUUCGAAACUUCAGUCAUCCAUACCGACUUCGAUGACGGCUUUCGAUCGGGGAGAGUAUGACACUUCUCUUUGGGCACAAAAAUAUGCCCCGAAAUGUGCAUCUGAAAUUCUUCAAUCGGGCCGAGAAACGUUGAUGCUGCGGGACUGGCUAAAGUAUCUUAUGGUUUCGGCAGUCGACACAGGAAAAUCAUCCGAUACAGCGAAACAAAAAGCCGAGGAUAAGAAACGGGCAAAGAAGCGCAAGAGAGCCGAGAAACUAGACGGAUUUAUCGUAUCAAGUGAAGAGGAAAAUUCCGAGAUGGACGAGCUUGUUGAUUCCGAUGAGGAUGAGCUGGCCGGCGAUGUAACUGUCUCCAAGAGAACAGUCAUUCGAUCUGGAGAUAUGGCCAUUAGCUCCAGAAAAGGGGGCGAGAAAGGCCGGAUGUCCAACGCAAUUCUCCUCAGCGGACCCUCGGGGUGUGGAAAGACUGCUUCGGUAUAUGCAGUCGCAAAAGAACUCGAUUUCGAAGUUUUCGAGAUUCAUCCGGGAAACCGCAGAAGUGCAAAGGACAUCGUGGAACGCGUUGGUGACAUGACACGAAAUCAUCUUGUGCAUAACCUGAAUGGAAGCGAUGAAACAGAGGUGGAAGAUGCCAAGCAAAACAAGUUAACUUUCUUCAAAUCGUCGUCUGCCAAAAACACCAAGGGAAAUGAAAAGUCCCGCCAAAAAAACCCAGAGCAUGAAGCAGAUCAGAAACGUUCUCGAAGCCAGAAGCAAUCGUUGAUUCUUUUGGAAGAAGCCGACCUCCUCUUCGAAGAAGAUAAACAAUUUUGGUCGGGUGUCAUAACUCUGAUUCAACAGUCAAAACGACCCAUCAUCAUAACCUGCAACGAUGAAAGCCUCAUUCCUAUUGAAGAUAUCUCACUGCACGCCAUCCUACGAUACCGGAAUCCGACCCCUGACCUAGCGGUAGAGUACCUCCUUCUAAUGGCAGCAAACGAAGGUCAUUUGCUGAAUCGAGGCCCUGUCUGCGAUCUUUAUGCGGCCAAUGGAAAAGAUCUUCGGAAGUCAAUAAUGGAGCUGAACUUUUGGUGCCAGAUGGCUGUAGGCAGUGAGAAGUCUGGUAUCGACUGGAUUAUUGACAGAUGGCCACCUGGGUCAGAUCUCGACUCACAGGGUGAUCCACUUCGAGUGAUUAGCAAGAACACUUACCAAUCCUUCAUGGGGUGGUUUAAUCGUGAUAUGAUGUUAAGCAACACACUUGACAGUCAAGCCGAAUGUCAGCAAGAGUCACUCCAUUGGUGGAAACUUACUUUGCAAGACUCGGAAAGCAUGUGUGAAUUUGAGCGUCCAAGCCCGGCGUCGGCUCAUGAGCAGCUUGAAAGGCUGCGGUUCGAGUCCGAGUAUGCGGAUAUGAGAAGCUCUCUCGACCUUCUUUCCUCUGGGUGCUCGGUCGAGUCUGAACUGGAUGCUAUCGACAUAUCUGUUCCCCCGAUGCCUGAAAAACAACGGACGAACUAUAUUGAAGGAUAUCCACUACUACAUACGGAUCUGAAGCCUGACUACUCAUCACUGCCAGCAGCCAUUGGGAGUACUUUUAAGGUUUUGAUGGGAAAUGUCUUCCGGCCGAAUAACGAGCACGUGCUUGAAUACACUCAAGCCGAACAGGUCAUGCAUAACGUUAUCAAACCUCAAGCCGUCAACCCACCCGGGGCAGAGCUUCUUGCAGCGCUCGAUCCCGUCAAGCAGGGCCCUUAUAAUGUGUUCCCUGUACCAACAGGACGGCUGGCACCGUCCUUUGAAAACGGAACCCGACCUCUUUCUGAAGACUUAGCACCCUAUAUACGUGCAAUUAUGGGUUUUGAUCUUCGUCUUGAGAAAUAUCGCUUGGAACUCAGUGGGCUUCUUUCCCACAGCACGAAUAGAACCAAAAAGAUGCGAACCACGAAGGCGAGUCGGGCUGCGCUGGAAGGAGGCACCAAAACAGACACAAGGAAGGAAAGGUGGUUUCCUUCCGAUACGUACUCUUCUCGAAUUAUGGCGACGGGCAACAAGGAAUGGCAAGACCUGCUGGUUGAACAGGGCCAUUUCUGCGUCGGAACAGGCCCAGAGGCCAGUCGUGAACCCAGCCGGGACUGCAAUGAGGAUGCUUCUGAGAGUUCUGGCGAUGGGGCUCCGCUGGAUCAUCGCGGCCCAUCGCCAGCUUUCCCAACCGUCUUCGCAGCGCGCAAUAGCCCCUCAUUGAUUAUCCCCCAUGUCCUUAGGUUCAAGUCCUCCCUUUUUGCCGACGAUCAGAACUCCUCCGCCUCUCUCUUCGCGGAUGACAGCUCGCCGUGGAACAACACCAACACCAAACGAACAGCCAGACAUGAGCUAGUCAAGACCUUGCUACCCGACACGGAUAUCCCCGAAAGUUAUGUCGAUGCAUACGACCUGGUUCUCAAUGCAGGAGAUCGAGCUGGGUCGGGGGUGGGCUUAACGUCUGUCAGGGAAAUACUGUCUGGCAGUGAGCUGAGCGCGAGCGACCAGGCUAAGAUUUUCAACCUCGUCAUCUCGGGCGAGAACGAUAACAACAGCUCGAUUGGCGUGGGACGUGGCGAGUUCAGCGUUCUGUUAGCGCUCGUCGGCCUGGCGCAGGAGGGCGAGGAUAUUACGUUUGACGCGGUGGAUGAUAGACGGAAGAAGCUACCAGAACCAAAAAGUUCCUACCUUGACCGUUUGCGCGCGAAACAGGAAUCCAAUACACCCGUUGUGUCGCAAGAGCGGCCAAGUACACCUCCUCCCUCUGCCCCCUUGCAAGAACCAAAUUCAACAUUUUCCCGACGAUCAAGACGAGAAUCGCUUGGUGGCUUGGAGGCUGAUCCUUGGGGUAGUCCCCAGUUACAUCGGGAUCAUGCCCAUACUCGCGGCCAGACCGAGUCUGAUCACGCCGUGUUGAACGGUUACGGAAGUGUACGGUCGACAACAAACACCUGGUCAAAUAAACCAUUGGAGGGGAAUAAUCAAACCGAUGUACUAAAUGGAAAUCGUCGCAAUGACACGACGGACGCUGUCCGCCCUCCCAGUAGCUCGGAGUCUGGGUGGGGAGAUGGAUUUGGUAGCAGCACGCCUGGUGAUGCGUUUGGGAACAUAGAACGAUCGGGAAUUGGGGCCUUUGGGCCGCCAACAAACGAUCGUGAGGAGCCCAAUCCUAUUCGGCGAUCGCUGGGAAUGGGUCGGGAUGUGGCUUCACGGGUCGAGGAAGUAGUCACAGUGACACUGCUUCCCGAGAAAGAAGGCCUAUUCAUGUUCCAGCACCGCAACUAUGAAGUCAAAUCGGCACGGAAAGGAAGCACGGUUGUACGGCGAUACAGCGACUUCGUCUGGCUACUCGAUUGCCUCCAUAAGCGCUAUCCAUUCAGAACACUUCCCUUACUUCCACCCAAGAGAAUUUCAGUCAAUGGCACUCACCUUGCAGCGGAUUCCACUUCUUUCCUUGAAAAGCGCCGACGCGGCCUAGUCCGAUUUAGCAAUGCCCUUGUUCGCCACCCCGUGCUGAGCCAGGAGCAGCUCGUGAUCAUGUUCCUAACCGUCCCAACUGAACUCUCCGUAUGGCGCAAACAAGCCACGAUAUCGGUACAAGAUGAGUUUGCGGGCCGCAUACUCCCAGUGGAUUUGGAAGAUUCGCUUCCAUCUACUUUGAUGGACACGUUUGAGACCGUGCGGAGUGGGGUGAAGCGGUCAGCCGAGAUCUAUAUCAACCUGUGCACCUUGCUUGAGAGACUAGCGAGACGCAACGAAGGGCUAGGAGCAGACCAUUUACGAUUUUCGCUUGCCCUCCAAUCCCUCACGGAAGUGACCAAGGAUACAUACGCUGUUGACACCAACGACGUCCCGUCGGUCAACGAGGGUAUCCAUGCGACAGCAAGACACCUCUCCACGAGCCAAAGUUUACUCGAAGAUGAAGCUAAAGCAUGGGAGAGUGGGGUGCUGGAGGACCUGAAGCAACAGCGGGAUUGCCUGGUCAGCGUGCGGGAAAUGUUUGACCGAAGGGACCGUUACGCGAGGAACAACAUUCCCCAACUUGAGCGAAGGAUCGGGAACAACGAACGGAAGCUGCAGGACUUGCGAGUACGGCCCCAAGGGACCGUCAAGCCGGGCGAAAUCGAGCGGGUGGAGGAGUCUAUUUUUAAGGACAAGGAGUCGAUUGUACAGCAACAUGCACGAGGAGUGUUCAUCAAGGAGUGCAUCCGAGACGAACUGGUCCAUUUCCAGCAGAGCCAAUAUCAUAUCAGUCGACUUCAUCAGGACUGGAGCCAAGAGCGAGUGAAAUAUGCAGAGCUGCAGGCGGACAACUGGCGAUCGCUGAGUGAUCAGGUUGAAAGCAUGCCCACCGGCGAGUGA